GUCGCAAUUUUUGGCACGUCACAGCCGCGUCAUCAUGUCUCCGUGUCUGCUUUUAUCGCUUGGGAAUUAAUUUAUUCGACAUAAUCAUACCUUAUCGAAACGUUUUUAUGUGGACUGUAAAGUAAAGACUGUCUCGAAAUUAUUUUUUAAGAUGGAAUUAUUACGGCAGGUAUCCAAUACGCAGUUUCUGUUUCCUGCGGCAGCUGUAGCGGUUGUUUUAGUAUGCGCUGCGCUUGUAUUUAUAUUCGGGUUCCACACGGCGGAACAGCCGCAAUUCGAUAAGCUACCUUUAAUUGUCGAUGACAGGAAAUCUUCAAACAAGAAAAGGAAAACGAAAGAGAAGAAGUCUUCUCCAAACCGUACUUCAAAUGAAGAUGCGAAAUCUAAAACAGAAAGCACUAAAAAAUCACCAGCAAAGGAGAAAAAAGAGGAUAAGGUGAAAGAAGUUGAAAAGCCCAAGCCUAAGGAAAAGGCUGAAACUAAGGUUGUAAAGCCUGCAGCUGAUAUCAAGAAGGCUAAGAAAGGUAAAGCUGUCUCUGAUGCAGAGAAACCUGCAGAUUUUGAUGAGGGUGUUUGGGAAGAAGUCCCAAAGAAGAGUGAUAAGAAAGUCAGUAAAGUGAGUAAAGUAAAGCCAGAUGAUAAGGACAAGAAAGAGAGUCCCUCUAAGAAGAAUAAGAAGAAGACUAAGGAAGCAGAUGUUGAAGCUGCUCAGCCAGCUGAGGAACCCGAACAACCUUCAGGUACUAUUAAAGUACUGAGUGCUGAGGGCCCAUAUGUUGAUGAAGAUGCAGCCAAAGCUUUGCAGGCUCAAGUAGAAGAAUUACAAAGAGUCCUUAAAGAGGCUGAACGUCGUGACCAAAUUCAACUUGGGUCUGUUGAGGAAGAUGAUGUGCCAGAAAAUGAAUUAACUGAAGUGAAAGAUCUCAGAAGCAACAAGAAAAAGGAAAAUAAAGAAAAACAAAUCAAGAAAAAGGCUAAUGAGGCUACUGCAGUAGCUAAAAACAUCAAACCAGAGGAAAAUGAAAAUUUGGAAUCUUCUGAAAAGCAAGAAGAUAAACCUGCAGGUCCAGUGUUUGAUGAGCUUGGAGAUACUUGGACAGAUGCAAAAGUGGCUAAAAAGAGCAAAAAGAAACCUCGCAAAGACCAGUGAGGUCUUUACAGGGUCCGGCCGGGUGUCUGCCCCAGUGCUAGCUCAAUGCUGUUCACAUCACUCAUAAAACUACAAUGCCGUUUUUUUUGUUAAAGUAAUUUAUGACAUGAUACUUAAAAUGUUUUUUAUAGUACUCUUUAGUUUAUAAAGAAAUAUACUAUCAAAUUAAUAUUAAUCGAAUGAUUAUGUGAAUGUGACAUUACAAUUGUAGUUUUAUAUGGUGUGAAUAUAUUUUAAGUUUUAAUUAUGUAACUGUUCUUACACAUUCAGAUUACUUACGUCCAUGUUUUAGUUUCAUAUUUUAUGUUAUGACUUGUUUUUCAUAAUAAUUUAAUUAUUUGUUUUCACUGAUGCAUAAUAAUACAAAUUGUUUUUAUAUGUUUUUAAAGAGUCAUUAUAUUUUUAUGAGAGAAAUCUUUUGGAAUCUGCAAUAUAUUUGGUGUUACUACCUUAAUCUGAUGAGAUUUAAAGUAUAUUCAAAAUUACUAAAUAUUUUUUUAAUUAAAUACGGUGUAAGAAAUGACAUUUUUUAGAUCAUUAUUCAAUUUAGUAUUUAUGUAGUAAAUAGUUUUAAACCUUUCAAACCUUUAACAUUAAAUAUCCUGGUGCUUGUAGCGGUAAGUGUCUUGACUCCAUUCCAUGUGUGUAUUUUAUUCUUGAUUAACAAUUACAAACCGAAUUUUCAUGUGAAUUAAAUUCAUUACUAUUUCUUAAUAAGGUACUAAUAUGUAAUUAUAAUUUUAAAAGACGGUAAAAAUAUAUUAACCAUUGCCAAUAUUAAGGCAAACAUAAUAUGUAAAAACCAGUGAAAUACUGUAUCAUUUUCGUCUGCUUAAACAGCAUAUGUCGGAUUAUCCGUCCAUAUUCCUCCAAUACUAUAUUCCUGUUUCAGUGUUCAUACAGAGCCUAAUCUAUGAGUUAUUAUUGUAGUCAAAAUAGCUCUUACAAUUGAAUGUAGUAUAACAUCGAUUAUUUUAUUGCAGAUUCCUGUUUUGUAUAUUAGAUAUAAGGAUAAUAUAAGACAUCAGAAUAAAAAAAUAUUCAAUACUACUUUUCACGACCUGUUCGGAAAUUAUACUCUUAAUUUAUUUUCAAUCAUGAAAGAUGAAAAGCGUCAACCAGGGAAUACUAAUUGAUUGUAAGAUUUCAAAAUUAUUUUGCGAUUUACGCAAUAUGUAGCGACAUGUCUGCGAUCUGUAAUGAUCUUGGCUCCGUUUUUUUCUACUAUAUUUAAUUGUUUUGAGUUGUGCGUUCUUUAUCUUGUGAUAUCAGUUCGUGUCAGAGGGUAAUCUGUAGGCAAUCAGUUUGUUGCAAUAAGUAAUUUAAGUAAGAUUGUUAAUGUAACAGCGAAAUUCCGUUGAGCGCACUCAUGGAAUUUACCAAUAUUUUUUAUUGUUAAUUAAUUAUAUCGCUGUAGGUGAAUUUAAUAUAGGAAAGAUAUUGGAAGAGAGGUUUAUUUUCAGUUAUUUGUGUUUCUUUAAAAUUGUGCUCAGUUAUUUAUUUCUAGACAUUUGUACUUAGGGCCUAAACAAUCUUAAAGUGUGAAAAAAUAAACUUCAAGACUUCUUACUUUUACUUUUAAACCUUUCGUUCAAUGUUUAAGAACAUUAGGGGUAAAAUAUAUUUUCGACUUUUUAUUCGUAGAUUAAGUGAAUCGCGAAUCGAAAGUCAUCGAUUCAAUUAGACAGACUUAUCAUAUUAUCGUAUAGUGUCAUCGUAUCAUGAGGAUGUUGUCUAUAGGCUCUAAAACGUAAUGAAUGUGUAAUAUAAAUAUUUUUUUAAAAUCAAUAAAGAGUGAUAUUAAUA